AUGAAUGCGAUGAAGCUUGACAAGCAGACAGCCUCGCUCUUUGGGGCGGCGGCUGUCUUGCGCCUGGUCCUUUUUACAGCAUUCCCGACUCUCCCAGACACCUUGACGGGCCGAGUCGAGAUAUCGACGCCGGUGACCAGCUUUAAGAGACUGCAAGAAGGCCUCUUUCUCUACAACCACAAUGUCUCCCCAUACGAUGGCGGGGUGUACCAUCAGGCGCCCCUUCUCCUGCCGUUCUUCUCACUCCUCCCAAACUACGCGACAUGGCCGAUAUUUACGAAUAUAAUAUACAUAUUGGUGGAUCUACUGAGUGCUAUGGCUCUAAUGAAGAUUGCCGAAUCCGGGGAAUCCGUUUCCACAAAGCACUACACAUCCCCUCGAAAAGAGAGGAGAUGGAGCAGCACCAAGAUUGCGGCCUUCUUCUUAUUUAACCCUUUUACUCUUGCGACCUGCAUUGGUCGCCCCACGAGCGUCUUCACCACUUGCGCCAUCCUCCACGCCAUCGCGAAGGCUGUAAACGGGGCGUCGUUCACAAGCAUGUUCGCCCUCGCCUUUGCAUCAUACCUAUCGAUGUAUCCGCUCCUACUUCUUCCAUCCCUCGUGCUACUUUGCUAUGACAGGCGGCGGGCUACAAAGGUCACAGAGUCCUUGACCAGUUUCGUCUUCAGCACCGUACCCGCUGUGGCAGGGUCCAUUUACGCCCUACUAUUCAUGUCGUACCAGAUCUCCGGAUCCUGGGAAUUUAUCCCCUCGACAUACGGCGUCCAGCUUCUGCUGCCUGACUUAACGCCAAAUGUCGGACUGUGGUGGUACUUCUUCAUCGAAAUGUUCGACUCAUUCAGGUCCUUCUUCCUCGGCGUCUUCUGGCUGCACCUAUCAUCGUACGUGGUGGGGCUUACCAUUCGCCUUCGCGGACAACCACUCUUUGUCAUCACCACGCUGCUUGGGCUAUUCGCCAUCUUCAAGCCAUAUCCAUCCAUCUCUGAUACCUCGCUCUUCCUGGCCUUGGUGCCAUUAUACCGCCACGUGUUUUCCCUGAUGAGAUACAGCUAUUUGGCGACAUCAACGAUAUUAUACGCCACUGCUCUGGGACCAGCGUUCUACUACCUGUGGAUCUAUGCUGGUAGUGGGAAUGCCAACUUCUUCUACGCUAUUACGCUGGUGUGGAGUCUUGGGAUGAGUGUUUUGGUGGCGGAUAUCUUGUUUGCGGUUUUGAGGGAUGAGUGGGAGGUUGAGCGGCCGGAGAUGAUAGGGAAGGAGGUUAAGCAAAUAUAG